AUGGAUGAUUCGGCAGACAAAAAGGACACCCAAAACAGCACUGACAAGGGUCGUUCGAGCAAGCGGAGCAAGGAAGAUCGCAAGGCCAAGGAGCUUUCUCGUAGUCGUCACACUGAUUCGAGCGGUGAGAUCUCUUCGAUCGAACCUGGUGCCUUUUCUGAGACCAAGAGUGGCAAUCGAUAUCACAAAGAGCGCAAGGCCCGACGAAACCUUGAAAGCGGGGCACCUACUCCUGGGGUUUGUAGCACAUCUCGUGGUAGCGGCUCUGGUAAAGAUCGAGACCGAGAGGCAAAGGAAAGACGAAACCGUGAAAGCGGGGUAUCUACUCCUGGGGCCUGUAGCUCAUCUCGUGGUAGCAAAUCUGGUAAAGAUCGAGACCGAGAGGCCAAAGAACGAAGAAAGGGCGGGGGCUUGUCGACAUCUCGACAUUCCAAGCAAUCCCGUCAGGACAAGGAACGAAGAAAGGGCGGCAAGUCUGGUGGCGACUUGGCGGUAUCCGAACAUUCUGCUGUAUCACGUCGUUCUCAAGAAGAACGAAAGGCAGCGAGGAAGCAGCAAAGAAGUACACUUGUUGCCAACCGCGAAUCGAAUGUAACCCCGUCAGCAGAGAAUGCUAAAUUGGAUGAUGACGCUCUACUACUGCAAGCUACGCUCAUUCCUAACGACGAUACGAAAGAACCAGCCGGUGUACCCAUGGAGGGCUGCCCACCGGGGACAGGGAACAAUCACUUAACAGAAACACCAACAUCCCUAUCGCGGCCCUUCAAUCAUCAAGCACUACAACAAAACAACCAUGAUUCUUCAGAUCAAGACUGGGAACGAAACGCAACCCAAAAUGCAGGCCGUUGCUAUCGAAGUCUCUGGUUCGGUGUCUUGAUUCUCAUUGGAGCCGCUGUAGGGGCUUACUUUGCAUUUGCAGGCAAAGAGGAUACCUCACCAGGUCAAGAUCUCGCGCCUGGUUUGAGUGUUUCAAUCUACCUCCCGCCAAGCGCGGACGAUUGUCUUGCUGUCGAAGCAGGUUUGAAAAUUGAGGGGCAGAAUGAUUUGGCCUCCAGGUCGUUGGAGACCGUCUUCGUUGUGGUUCUUGCCAAUGAGGAGGCUGCUGCUCAAAUCGAGUUCAUUAUGAAGGCAAUCUUCAAAUCCAUGGUCGAAGACAUGACAUGCUGCAGCGAGAAUGUUCGACGACUUUCUCACUCAAGAGGAUCAGCUAUUCGAGGAGGGUUCUAUGAAAGUCAUCGCAUGUUGCAGAACAAGGACUGUGUCGUUGCUAAUGCCGAGGUCUCGACAACCACCACCCCAAGGGUCGUGAACUGCAAUGCGAUUGCCACUGGGUGUGGGGGUAGUCAAGAUGGUGACAACGAUGUCCAAACCGUCGAAGUGAAGACCAACUUCAGUUUUUAUCUCAAAGGCGAUGAAGAUGAUGAGCUUCUGAUCCAAACCAUGGGGGAUGCUCUCAAAGAGGGCCAAAAGAAUGACUUUGGUCUACCUAGAGGACAAGUGCUCUCGAUUGCUGCGCGCCCAAUAGAUUCAACCUCGUCCGCUGUUCCUUUGACAAGUGAUCCAACGUCUGCUCCUUCCAUCACUCCUCCCAUGGUGCCGCCGUUGACAGUAUCGCCCAGUCAAGCCGAAUCGGUACCCAGUGCAUCUCCUAGUGAAGCGAUUCCUGCUGAGACAACCAAUCCAACUCUAAAGCCGACCAAAGCUCCAUCGAUUGCUCCAGCACCUGAUGUGACGCCCCUGCCCACUGACCCUCCUUCUAUGAAACCUUCAGCAACUCCAACUCCAGGCCCAACCAAGGCACCUACGGUGAUGCCUACUCCAGGACCCACAGGAUUCCCUACCCUUUCACCUUCAGAGUCCCCUUCGGCAAAUCCUUCAGCGUCUCCAACACAACGAGUCACCCCGCUCCCGACGAUGUCGCCAACAAAGCGUCCUACGACGUCUCCAUCCGUUGUCCCAUCGCAAUCUCCCAGCACUGUAGCAGAUGCUCGCCGAGCAAUGAUCGAAGGCAUUUUGUCGGAUCACGCACCUUUCGAUCAACAAGCAAUGAGUUGGCUGGCCGAAACCGAUACUUGGCAACCAGAUGCAGAUGAUCCAAACAGUAAUUACAUGUGGCUGGAGCGUUAUGCCUUGGUAGCGUUGUACUACUCGACGAACGGAGAUAAUUGGACCUAUAACGCGAAGUGGCUGUCAGCAGAGCCCGUCUGCAAUUGGACUUUUGUCCACAGUUUUUUAUACAAUACUUGUCCUGGGCCACUUGGAAGUCUUGUUCUCGUCGGAAAUAAUUUGCAAGGAUCAUUGCCAGGUGUGAUUACAAAGCUCAGCCGAUUGUACUAUUUCAUGCUCCAAAACAAUGCGAUCACAGGAACAAUCCCGGAAAUUGCCGAAAACUCUUCUAUGUAUGCCUUCCAUCUUGGACUAAACCAACUCUCGGGAACCAUACCCGAAAGUAUUGGAAAUCUUGGAUCUCUAACCAAUCUUGCCCUUCUGCACAAUCAACUCUCGGGGACCAUACCUCAAAGUAUCACAUCAUUAACUUCCCUUCAGUUGCUUUACCUUCGUGGCAAUACGCUUGGUGAAACCCUUCCCACAUACAUCUCGCAACUGGAUAACCUCGUUGUGAUGGAUCUUACAUCAACUGGCUUGAAAGGAACCAUCCCUUCGUUCUUGAAAGAUAUGCAAAGUUUAAGGUACAUUGAGUUGGGGUACAAUUUUAACGAAGUCAGUGGGACGUUUCCUUCGUUCUUGCUUGAAAUGACGAAACUUGAAGGCAUAGCACUUGAUGGGACUUACAUGACAGGAACCAUUCCCGAAAACAUUGGUGUUCUGACUGGACUUCGUACGCUGAAUCUCUCUGUCAAUGCUAUGGUCGGAAGUAUCCCAGAAUCUUUAUCUGCACUGACCCUGUUGCUUCAUUUCUACAUGCAAUCAAACUAUUUCACUGGCACUAUCCCUGUGCUUCCAGAGAAUCAACUUCAGGGUUGUUUAAUUUGGGGAAACUGCUUCUCGGAUAAUUCCAAUGGCGUAGCACGAGGGUGUGUAGUUGAUAAUUCCUGGACAUGUGUAGAUUGA